AUGCAGCCGGCGAUCGUUACGCGCGAAAACGCCCGUAUCGCGCGUGAAAAUAUAAGCCGACGAUGGCGGCGGAAUGACGAGAAGAAGAAGAAGAAGAAGAAGAAACAAAUGGUUAAAUAUCGCGUCGGCGAACUCGUUCGGAUCAGUAGAGCAAAAGCCGCUUUCGAGAAAGGCUACGAGUCCCGUUGGAGCGAAGAGAUAUUCCGAAUUCAUCGCAUUCUCGAGUGGCGAAAACCGCCUGUGUACGAGUUGAGCGAUUUAACGGGCGAGACUAUAGAUGGUAUUUUUUACGAGCAAGAACUAGGCAGAGUCGAGAAAAACCUGAACGAGGAAGAGUUCAUCGUCGAUCGCGUGAUAGAGAGCAGGGGACGCGGCGCUAAUAAACAGCUGCUUGUUAGUUGGCGUGGCUAUCCCAGCAAGUUCGAUUCCCCGCCUCAAAUUUAA